AUGGCAGGAAAUGUUUCGAAGAAGCGUAAGGUGGAGGACGGAAUAAAAGGAAAAACCGGUAGACCUACCAAGAAGUUCAAGAAACAAACAUACUACGAAUCCUCAUCCGACGAAGAAGAAUCCGCAGCAACUCAAGAUUUUCAAGCAGUCAAUUUACAAGAUUCAGACGAAGAGGAGGAAGGACCCAAUGAUGCAAUCACAGGCACUUUAUCCGACGAGGAUGAUGAGCCAGAUCUCAAUGCCGCAGAUAACGAGUUGGAAGAAGAAGUCACCGAUGCCUCAAAUUCCGAUUCAGAAAAUUCAGAUGACGAUUCGGACACAAAUUCAAACCCAAAUUUAAUAAAGGCACGAAAGCGCAAUGAUCCAGAGGCAUUUGCGACAUCUAUGUCCAAGAUUUUGGGAUCCAAGUUAUCAGCGAGUAAAAGAAAUGAUCCGGUUUUGUCGAGAAGUCAGACGGCAAUAGAAGCUAGCAAGGAAAUGACGGAUUUGGCCUUGGAAAAGAAGGCAAAGCAUAAGAUGAGGGAGGAGAAGAAAGCUGCAAUGGAGAAGGGAAGAGUCAAGGACGUUUUAGGUGCCAGUACGGCAUUUGAUGCGAGCAAUGGUUAUGGGAAUGGAGAAAAUGUACCAAGUGUACAGGCAACGAUGGAAUUGGAAAAGCGGUUGAGGAAAACUGCUCAAAGAGGUGUUGUCAAACUCUUUAAUGCUGUUAGAGCAGCCCAAGUUAAAGGCGAGGAGGCAGCCAAGGAAGCGAGACAAAAAGGAGUUGUAGGACAGGGAAGGAGAGAGGAGAAAAUAAACGAGAUGAGCAAGAAAGGAUUUUUGGAUUUGAUUGCAGGUGGAGGUGGACUGAGGAAAGGAGAGAUCGAAGAGGCCUGA